AUGUCUUCUGAUAAGUUGCUAUUAAACUUUUCUAACAAGAUCGGAAAAUUGCUUGAAGAUCCGGAUUAUGAAUUUAAUACAAUCAUUCGAACUGGAAAUGAUUCGAAUAUAAAAUGUUUUAAAGCGCAUUCCCUUAUUUUAAGGGUGAUGUCCCCAUACUUUCGUACUGCUUUGUCAAGUAAACAUGUAAUGAAGGAAGGGGAUUGGACUUAUUUGGAGCAACAAAAUUUUUCUCCCUCCACAUUUGAUGUUAUCUUGAAAUUCAUGUAUACUGGUACCAUAUCUAUAGAAAAAAGAGACAACGCAGAAAUUGUUGAUCUUCUGGAAACCGCACAAGAACUAGGGCUUCACGAGUUGGUCGACUUUUUAGAGGACCAUUUGAUUCAAAAUCGGGAAAAGAUAAUACAAAAUGACACUAAUUUAGUACAAACUGUAGAUCACGUGAACGCUGGGCCCGGUGAUCCGAAUUUAUUGACACGUGCUGCAUUUCAAGCCAUACAUGAGGCUGAUAUAAUAUUAUCUGAUAAACUUGUACCUGAAGAAGUGCUAAAAUUGAUCCCAUCACAGACUGAAAUAUUAAUAUCUCCGAAAAAGUUUUGUGCCGAUGCUAAUGCUGCUCAGGAAGAACUUAAUCGCUUGGGUCUUAAUGCAUUAAAUCAAGGCAAAGAUGUCGUUAGACUAAAACAGGAUUUGAUAAAUGAUGGUAAAUAUCCGGCAGAAUGUCCUUGUGUUGUUAUCGAACGAGCCAGUUGUAAAGAUCAAAAUAUUAUACGAGGAACAGUUGGGACAAUUGCAGAAAUUUUAGAGCAAGUUGGGCAUAAACCACCAGGAGCACUGGUUAUCGGUGACGCCGAGGAAAAUUUUGAUAAUUCCUUUUCACCAUUAGUAGAUGCAUAUGAUUUCAUGCGAGCUUCAAGCUCUGGCCUAAAAUGA